CAUGGAGAAGAACAGAGAUCACACAAGUCCUACGCAUUCCAUGGCCGCGGCAGAGAUGUUUUUCAAACCGGUGCUUCAGAAACCACCCGGCUACCAUGAGCUUCACGCGCCUCCUGAAACUCCAAACGCAUUAUCAUCUUCAUCCACGCUUCGUCGCCGGCCACCUAAGUUUAUGAUCCCGCCGUCCUUUUAUCCGGAUAAGAAGAAAAAGUGGAGUCGUUGCCGCGUCUUUUGCUGCUGCUUCUGCAUCACCAUCGCCAUACUCAUCCUCCUCCUUAUCAUCGCCGUCUCCGUCUUCUUCCUAUGGUACAGCCCGAGACUCCCCGUCGUACUCCUCGCCUCCUUCCGCGUCAGCAACUUCAACUUUUCCAACGGGAAACCCCGCGACGGUUUGUCGCACUUGACGGCGGAGGCUUCUGCGAGGCUCGAUUUCAGCAAUCCCAACGGGAAGCUACGGUACUAUUACGGCGACGCUGACGUGGCGGUGAGCGUAGGAGAUGGCGAUUACGAGACGAGUCUAGGGUCAACGGAAGUCAAAGGGUUUGUGCAAAAGCCGGGGAAUCGGACGGUUGUGAUCGUUCCGGUUAAAGUGAAGAGAGAAGAGGUGGAUGAUCCGACGGUUAAGAUGCUUUUAGCGGAGAUGAAGAGUAAGAAGUUGGUGGUGAAGGUGACAGUUAAAACGAAGCUGGGAUUGGCUGUGGGAAGGCGUAAGAUUCUUACGGUGGGGAUUACUCUCAGAUGCGGUGGCGUGACGUUACAGAAGGUGGAUAAACAGAUGGCUAAAUGCACCAUCAAAAUGCUUAAAUGGAUUAAGUUGCACUCAUAAGCAAUGAUCAUGAUGAUGGAUAUCAUUUUUCAUCAAAGAUUCAUCAGAAUUAUACGACUCGAAGUGUUCA